UUCGAGUUACGCAUGAAGCGCAUGUGCAUCAUUUGUCUUUGUUGUUUACCAAUUAAUAAAGAAGGAUAAAACGAUACAUCAUGCGUUUCAUGCGUAACUCGGAACGCACCCUUGAACGCGCUCAGUGACAUCUACCGGCUGGAAUAGUUUGGCAUAUAGUUUAGCAUCACCGGUAAACGUAAUCAACAAGGUUAUUGUCGGUUAUUGUACAAUUUUCCAUAAUUUUUGUGAAUAUUUAUCAGUGUACUCAGAUAUUGGAAGGUUCUGUUACUAUAAUCGAAAAUGAGUAAAGCACAUCCACCAGAGCUUAAGAAAUACAUGGAUAAAAGAUUAUCCCUAAAGUUGAAUGGUGGCCGGCGUGUUGUUGGAAUAUUGAGAGGUUUUGAUCCAUUUAUGAACAUGGUCAUAGAUGAAAGUAUAGAAGAAUGCAAGGACGGUACUAAAAACAAUAUAGGAAUGGUGGUAAUUCGUGGCAACAGCGUCAUAAUGUUAGAAGCUUUGGAUCGAAUAUAAUACAUAUUUUACUAGAACUUAUCUCUAUCUUAUCUGUAUCUUAAAUAAU